ACUCGGCGGCGCCGUGACGCCAACACCCUGCGACUGCGCGCGCCGCGGUGUUCCAGGGCCGACUUCGAACCGGCGGGAAGCUUAGGAGCCGCUGCUGCUUCUCGUCCGUGCACCUUGACCCGGAGCAGAGGGAAGACGGCGACAUGACGGACCGCUACACCAUCCACAGCCAGCUGGAGCACCUGCAGUCCAAGUACAUCGGCACAGGCCACGCCGACACCACCAAGUGGGAGUGGCUGGUGAACCAGCACCGGGACUCGUACUGCUCCUACAUGGGCCACUUCGACCUGCUCAACUACUUCGCCAUCGCCGAGAACGAGAGCAAGGCGCGAGUCCGCUUCAACCUGAUGGAGAAGAUGCUGCAGCCGUGCGGGCCGCCGGCCGACAAGCCCGAGGAGAACUGAGUCCCGCCGCCCCUUGCACGCCAGCGCUUUCCGGGAGCGUCCCUCCCGCUCUGCGCUCCCGGGGACCUUGAGCACAGCAGCGGGAGACCAUCGGGACCCCUGAGAACUGCGACCGUGGAGAGACCCUGGAGCCGGCCGGCGUUGGGGGAGGCGGCCGGGAUUUGGAAGUGCGUUUUUGGCUGGUUGAUUGUCGAUGUUGCUUUUUUCCAUAAAGUUUAAAAGUUGUUCCGUUU